UCCCAGUAAGGGGAAUCAGUGCUCCUUGUGUGUCUCUUUCUCUCUCUCUGCAUCCUGCACUCCAGGGGUACAGACAGAUCACCCCUCUGCUCUCUACUGAAUCACUACAGUCUGGGGGGAAACUCUAAUCCUUUCAUUUCCUGUGAACAUUUUGGUCAUCCGGCCGUCUGUCCUUCUGUUUACUCCUGUCCUUCUCCUCCUCCUUUCCUCUCCCCCUCUUCUUCUCUCUGUCUCCACGACGAGACGAGUUGUCUGGGGAUUUUCUCAUUCUCCCUCCUGAUCUGUUUCCCAGAGGAGCUCGGCGCUUCUCUUCUGUUCUUCUCUCUCUUUGUUUCUGCCUACAUCCUUCAUCGCCAUGGAUAUGGGCAGCCUGACAACGGUGGUGGCCAACUCGGCCUACAUCUCGGCGCGCGGGAGCUUCGACGGCACGGCCAACCCGUCCGCCAACCGGGACAAGAAGUACCACGCCCGCCUGAAGCUGCCUCACAUCACGGUGUGCGAGGGCCUCAGGGAGACUCUGGACCUGGGCUUCCAGACCGCCUGCGUGGAGCAGCCCAUCGGCAAGCGUCUGUUCCAGGAGUUCCUGGAGGCCAACAACGAAUACAAAGGCCCCUGCCGCCUGUGGAAGGACGUGGAGGAGUACAACCAGGCCGAUGACCAGGACCGCGUUAAGAAGGCCUCCAAGAUGCUCUCUCGCUACAUGGAUCCAAGCGCCAAACACUUCUGCCCUUUCCUGCCGGAGAACGACAUCACCAAGGUGAAGGAGAAGCACGCGGAGGCCGGAGACGAUCUGUUCGUGGAGACUCUGACCAGCGUCCUGGACUUCCUCAAGGAGGUCCCUUAUACGUUCUACCUGGACAGCAUGCACCUGAAGAGGUUCCUGCAGUGGAAGUGGCUGGAGAUGCAGCCCACGGGGGAGGACUGGUUCAUGGACUUCCGUGUCCUUGGGAAGGGGGGCUUCGGGGAGGUACACGCCACCUCCAUGAAGGCCACGGGGAAACUGUACGCCUGCAAGAAGCUCAACAAGAAGAGGCUGAAGAAGAGGAAAGGAUAUGAGGGUGCGAUGGUGGAGAAGAGAAUUCUGGCACGUGUCCACAGCAGGUUCAUCGUGUCACUGGCCUACGCCUUCCAGACCAAGACUGAGCUCUGUCUGGUCAUGACCAUCAUGAAUGGAGGAGACCUGAGGUAUCAUAUCUACAAUGUGGAUGAGAACAACCCAGGGUUUGAUGAGCAGAGGGCCUGUUUCUACACAGCUCAGAUCAUCCAGGGUAUGGAGCACCUGCACCAGAAGAGAAUCAUCUACAGAGACCUCAAACCUGAGAACGUGUUGUUGGAUAAUGAAGGUAACGUGCGUAUCUCUGACCUUGGUCUGGCCGUAGAGCUGGAGGACAACCAGACCAAUAUCAAAGGCUACGCCGGGACUCCAGGGUUCAUGGCCCCAGAGCUGCUGAAAGGGGAGGAGUAUGACUGGUCAGUGGACUACUUCACCCUUGGGGUCACGCUGUAUGAGUUCAUCGCUGCCAAGGGACCUUUCAGAACCCGAGGAGAGAAGGUGGAGAACAAAGUAGUGAAGAAGAGGAUUCUGAACGACCCCGUGGCCUAUCCGGAGAAGUUCAGUGAGAAAGCCAAGUCCAUCUGCGAGGCGCUGCUGUGCAAGACGGUGGACCAGAGGCUGGGCUUCAAGAACGGGUCCUGCGACGAGCUCCGAGCGCACCCCUUCUUCAGCGAACUCAACUGGAUGAAACUGAACGAAGGUGCGGCCUGCAUCACUCUCAUGGCAGCCAUCAUCUUCAUCAGUAUGGGAGUCAUCGCUUCCUUCUUCUGUGCCAUCGUGGACGGAAUCAUCAUGGCUGAGUUCAUAGCUCCCGCCCCCCAGAUGUCCCCCAGUCCCGCCCCACCCCCCCACAUCAUGUAUAACCCCACCCAGCACGUGGUGACCUACGCUGGCUUCUGCCCCAACGGACAGGCCCUGCCCGCCUACCCCAACUACCCCGCUUUGCCCAUGCAGCACCACAGCAGUUACCAGGGCCCCUCCACCCCCCAGCCCGGCCUGGAGAUGACCCUAACCCCCUCCUCUCCGUCAGAGGAGAGCCAGAGCCAGCCUUCCGCCCAGGCCCCCAGCCAACCCACCUUCCAGACUGGCUCCCAGGACCCUGGUCAGGGUUACAUGCUAACACCCAACGCCCCUGCCCUCUACCCUGGCCCCGUCUACGGGCCCUCCGGCUUCGAGAAGCCCCCUCCUUAUGCAUGCUGA